AUUUAGAGCCAUACCGCCUACCAUCGCCAGGCACACUCCGCUGUCAUAGCUGUGUAUGUUGUUCUGAGAUCGAAGAAACCCCCACGUGUGCGAAUCAUCAUGACUCAAGCAACCUUCUGCAAUGAUCAACAUGGUUCCAACCCUGCCGACUGGGGAAAGUCCGAUAUGAAACAACUCCAGGCUGUUGAUGUCGGAGCGACAAUACUCAAUGGAACUGUGGAUAAUCUGCAAGUGCAGAGUGAUGAAGACCGACGGGUCCUCCGAAAGAUUGACACAUUCUUACUUCCCAUCCUUGCUUUCACUUAUAUGAUUCAGUUCCUUGACAAGUCUUGCAUUUCCUAUGCUGCACUUUGGGGGAUGAAAACAGAUGCACACCUGGUCAACGACCAAUAUUCUUGGCUCACAACUAUCUUCUACCUGGGAUACAUGGUUGGGGAGUUUCCCAUCAAUCUGCUCUUUCAGAAAUUUGACAUUGCGCGGACAUGUGGUAUCUUCAUCAUUCUCUGGGGUUGUGUUCUUCUUUCCAUGACCGCAGGUCAUAACUUUGCUGGUCUGGCUACUGCACGCCUCUUUCUGGGCAUAUUGGAAGCUGGAGUGAGCCCCUGCUUUGUACUUCUCACAGCGAUGUUCUAUCGAAGAUCGGAACAGCCCCUACGAACGGCCAUCUGGUUUUCCAUGAAUGGAGUUGCAAACAUCAUCGGUGGGCUGAUUGCGUAUGGGAUCGGCCAUUUGCAUUCGGCUCUUCCGGCAUGGAAGUUUCCUUUCAUAAUAUUCGGCUCUUUGACGGUUGUCUGGGGUUUUGUCUUUUUACUAGUGACCCCAUCGAAUCCGACCAAGGCCAAAUGGCUCUCAGAGAGAGAGAGGGAGAUUGCAACCUUGCGCGUUCUUCAAAAUGAAACGGGUAUUGAUAACAAAACGUUCAAGAUGGAACAAGUGAAGGAAGCCUUGCUUGACGUUCGAUUCUGGUUAAUCAACUUGCUCUGUCUGGCAAACACCAUUCCGAACGGUGCCGUGUCCGCAUUUGCGCCGCUGAUUGUUAAUGGUUUCGGAUUCUCAAAAUUUACCUCGACUUUGCUUGGUAUGCCAUCGGGUGCCUCGCAGGUCUUGGCAUUGUGGAUUUCAGGUUAUUUAGCUUCAAGUUUUAAAGGUAUACGUCACUUCUUAAUGAUUGGUGGCCUAUUGGUGGCUCUCCUUGGAGGGGUCUUGAUCUUUACCCUACCUGACUCUAAUCGUGUCGGUCGGCUACUCGGCUACUAUCUCCUUGUUGGCUUUAGUACUACCUUCGUCAUAUCUUUGACCCUGCUGCAAUCUAAUGUAGCAGGUCGGACCAAAAAGACUAUUUUUACGUCCGCAUUCUUCGUGAGUUAUUGCGUCGGUAAUCUAAUUGGGCCUCAACUUUUCUUCGACCGUGAGGCGCCUCGGUAUCCAUCCGGAUUUGCGUCCAUGAUUGCGUGUUUCGCAGCACAAAUUGCCAUAGUCAGCGUGAUGUACGUGAUAAACGCUCGAGAGAACAGAAGACGUGACCUCCUCACGGCAAAUGUUUCCGAGGAUAAUCAAGCGGCCGCGGUAUCUGCGGGUCUAUCCGACAUAACAGAUGUACAAAAUCUGCACUUCCGAUAUGUCUUGUAACAUUACGCAAGAUAAGAGAGACUUGGG